AAUCAAUUACGAAGCGCAACUACGGCGUUACCUGCUACAACAUUUCUGUUUGCCUGCCCUAAUAACCCGAUUGACCCAUACAAACGUUGCAGCAGUACUUCUACUGGUGUUCAUAGUUGCGACGUCACCACGCACAAAAUGUAGUGUACCAAGCAUGGACUGUCCAGGCGUUAAUAUAACCACAGGGUCCAUGUGGGGCACUCCCGAGCUAAACGCUAGCAUCUCGUAUCUCCUCCCUCCCGUGCCGUAUAUGGUGUUCACCCACACCCAGGGCGAAGCCUGUACGGGUUGGGAAACGUGUCGGGACGUGGUGCUUGCCAUCCGUGAAUUCCAUACCGAUGUCACAUCGUGGACGGCACAGACUGCAGCAAAUUUUGUACCGGAAAUCUUCUACAACUUCCUUAUUGGCAUGGACGGUAGUGUUUUUGAAGGACGCGGCUGGGAUCGCCGAGCGCAGUACCAUCGUGAUUACGAUGAACACGCUCUUGUAACUGCCUUCAUCGAGAAUAUUCCUGUAUCAGGGGACGGAUAUAGAAGACUAACUUACGCAGCCGCCCUGGCCGCCAACUCCCUGUUAAAUUGCGCCCGGUCAAAUGGCUACUUCGAUCUGGACUACAAGCUUAUCGUCAAUAUUCACCACCAGACCAAAGACUACAUCCUUUAUCCGGAAACCAUGCAGUCCCCGAACGACACAACAGUUAUUUCCACUGCCUUUGAAGAACCCAGCUUUUCGGAAGGGGUCGCGGCAGGAAUAGCUUUCGGAAUUAUUUUGCUAACGGUUCUUGCUGUUGUGCUGUUGGCUUUACUUUGUCAGCACUGCGAAGGCGAAUGGAUCAUUAGGACUGAUGAAGGCCGCCAUGGAGCGCAAAGUCACCUGACGAGAAAGAUGUCUAGUGUUACUGUGUUAUGAUACAAGUGGCCCUGCGGCUGAUUUCCUCUCGAUCGUUCGCCUGCCCUAAGGAAAUCCCAAAAUCGCGAGUGCAAGAUGACUCAGACUGUUUUCCGAUGGGCAGCAGAACGGGAACAGAGCCAAGUGGUGCUGGUGUUAGACGGGAAACACCUGGUGAGACUGGGUGUCUGUUUUCAGUUUGAUCUUUAACCCUGCAUGAAUGUUCUCUCUAUAUGUUCCUACUUUUUUAUUGGGGUACGAGUGGCUGGAGUGGUCAGGCCAUCGUCAUAGGGUGUACCAGUAGGUACACUACCGGGUGGCUGAACAAAACGUCGGUCUACUGUUUUGGUUUGUUUCUCGCGAACCGGCUGCCGUACCGUUAACUACUUAGGCUCGUUCGAUAGAUAAUUAUGUUAGCCCCCGAAAUCAAAAAUUUUUUGAUAAAAUUAACCUACGCUCGUUUGCAGCGCUGCCAAUUAAAAUCGUGCGGACGUUUUUCGUGUCCCAGGUUGCAAAACAUGUUAUCUCGUGGCA